UUCGACCUUCCCUUCAACCAUAGCCAUGGCUGCCUCCCUUACUUCCUCCCUCUCCUCCACCUUCUCCACCCUCUCUCUCCGCCGCUUCUCUCUCCUCCCAACUCACCAACAACCCAACUCGCUCUCCCUCGCAAGACCCGCCAAUUUCCCCUCCAUCAGAGCACAAUCCGCCGAUGUCGAUACUACAUUCUUCGACAAUCUAGACCCAGAUGAAAACAACACCUUCGACCCACCGGAAAAGCCAGAAGACUACGUGCCUCCGACGUCUUUCGACGAAGGACCGCCGGAAAGCGAAGAUGAAAUCGCCGCCGCGUAUGAAGAGCUGUAUGGACCGGCGUACAGUGGGGUCAGUGUGUUGGGAAAUGAUGUGUAUGUGAUGGAUUCAAAGGUGAAGAAGACGAGUUCGUUUGGGAAAGUUAAGAAAGAUAAGAUCAGAGAUGGGUUUGAAGAAAGAGUUGUUCAGGUGAGGAGGGUGACCAAGGUGGUGAAAGGUGGGAAACAGUUGCAUUUCAGGGCGGUCGUGGUGGUGGGCGAUAAGAAAGGGCAAGUGGGUGUCGGAGUUGGGAAGGCGAAGGAGGUGGUUGCAGCCGUUCAGAAGUCUGCAACCAAUGCUCGAAGGAACAUAAUCACCGUUCCUAUGACCAAGUACUUGACGUUUCCUCACAGGUCUGAUGGAGACUAUGGGGCAGCCAAGGUGAUGCUAAGGCCAGCAUCUCCCGGUACCGGUGUCAUUGCCGGAGGUGCCGUUAGAAUCGUUUUAGAAAUGGCGGGUGUCGAAAACGCUUUGGGAAAACAACUCGGGAGCAAUAACGCCCUCAACAACGCCAGAGCAACGGUCGUUGCGGUUCAGCAAAUGAGACAGUUUAGCGAAGUUGCUCGUGAGCGUGGGAUCCCGAUGGAAGAACUCUGGAAAUGAUCAAAUCGCACGUGUAUGAAUGAACAGUCUGUAUUAUCUUUUUGUCGAUGUUAUUACUCAUGUUCAUUUUCUUUUCUUCGAUUGGAUCGCAAUAGAAGAUAUCGGAAAACGGUUUUUUCGAGACAUAGGACCAUGUUCGGUACCCAUCGGGUUGUCUUUUGGAGUGUCCAUAGCUCAUAUUGUUUGUGUCAAUUUGUGCGUACAUCGACUAAUCCAACAGUUUAUGUAAUAUAGAUCCAUUCUCUCUUUCAUGCUA